AAAGAUAUCUCGUUCAAUGCAGCAUUUGCAGACUGCAGUUUCUGCGCAGAAAUCUGCACAUAUAGCAAAAGUUUGGCAAAUUAUCAUUCUUGUUUAUAAGUUGCAUGUUGGCAUUUUAUAGGUUCAGUAAUCAGUUAGAGAAAUACUUCAUUGAAAACGGAUUUAAUAAAACUUCGCCAGGCGUUUCUUUAAUUUAUUUCAACUUAAACGGUAAUUCUUUUAGAAUUUUUAAAAUAAUACACAAAAGGGACAAUAAUGCCUGGUGUUAGAACAACAUGCAUUUUUACAUUGGGACUUGCAACCAUGCUUUUGGUCGGGGAGUGUUUCGCACAGAGCAACCCUAGACGCCGACAAAGGAACAGGUCUCAAAACCGAGGAAGUGAGGGUUUACCAUCGGAUGUCCAGCAGGCGUAUCUAAGUGCGGUAGAUGGCCAAGGCGCACCUUCGUAUGAGAAUUUCGGUCCUGCGGCUCAAGAACAGUCUGACAGUCAAUCUAACAAUACCGAAUCUGAUGGUAACAAUAUCGGGUCUGAAAAUCAACCUACUCCAAAUAUAGAAUGGGGCAACUUUGUGCCAAGUACACCAGCGCCAAUUGCCGUCGAAUGUUCAGUAGAAGUUGUCACGACACGUCAACAAGGCGGUCGAUGUACAAGGCUAGGUGGCGAAAACGGGCCAUUUAUUUGCCAGAGUGGUCUCCUUUUUGAAUUUAAUAGUGACUGUGAAGGAAUCAUGGAUAAUAGACAAGCAAGAGAACAGCAACAGCAGCAAAGGGAGCGGCAAAGACAGCGACAGCGGCGGCAGCAGCAGCGAGAGCAACAACAACCAUAAAAUAUUAUAACAGCAACAACAAAGUGUUCUUGUAUUAUAAAGCUUCCAGUCCAAUUAUUACAUCAACUAUAUUUAUAGCGUAGUGUCAUUGUUUAACAAAUUAACAUUAUAAUUUAUAUGUAAUUAUUAAAAUGUAUCACCUGCAAGUUCUAUCGCAAACAAAGAUAUAUCAAUGCAUUUAAAUUCAAACCGUUACUUACAAUACAAUCUUUUUUGAAUUGGUGGAUAAAUAUUGUAUCACCAGAAUCAAUGCUAAGCUUUUUGUCAAUUAUUCUCUUAAUUCAAAUGCUUAUUAUUAAUAUCUAUAUAACAGAUUAAUUAAUGUAAUUAUUCACAAGAAUCAAUGCUAAGCUUUUUGUCAAUUAUUCUCUUAAUUCAAAUGCUUAUUAUUAAUAUCUAUAUAACAUAUUAAUUAAUGUAAUUAUUCUGCUUUGCAAAUAUUUUAUUUAAUCUUUGUACAGAGGGCAAACAGUACGAAUAUGCUCCUCAUUUUAAUAGAAUAAACACUGAUUCUAUGACAAUAUAUAGAAAACCUAAAAUCUCUUUCAGUUUUUAAUUGUCUUCCCUUUUCUGUCAUGAGUAUAGACCUUUUUACACUACGAUAUUUCCUUGGAAAUGGAAGUAGCAUUUCGUGCAUGCUCAUCAGAUUUCAACAACUUCAUAAACAAUUCGAUCUGAUCUAAAUGAUUAGUUUAGAAUAGUUUACUUUGACAAGUAAUCGUUGCAAAGGUGAAUUUAACUUGAACAUUCUGUAUUUAUGCAUUCAUGGUCUUUCAAAUUGACAAUAUUUGCAUUAGAAUUCAGCCGUCCGUUGCAUUUGAGUAUACUGAAAUCCGUCAUUUCGAUAUAGGGGUACGAAGUAUUGCUAGUGUGAUAAUUAAAGCACUUGUGCAUGCGAAUUCUUUAGGCGAUAUUGUGCUUACAGGUUGCAAUAAACGUGAUUUCAAAUUCUGUCACCCGGAAAACAGCAUUUUGACAUGACUAAAAGCGAGGAAGUAAAUAUUGGUGUGCGUGCAUAGUCAAAUGAUUUGAAUGUUUCUUUGUGACCGAAGUGUUUAAAAACAAAAAUAUUUCAAUAACCACUUCGUUUGCUUGUAAAUUAACAGAACUUCGAAUUAACGAAUGUACCUAAAUAGUAAUACAACGACACAGUCUCAACUCUUCCGUCUUGCUAUGCUAUUUUUAUAUUAUCUAAAGUUUUUAAACAUUCAGAAACACAAUUGCUUUAGAUUUGUCAAAAUUAAUUUUCAUCCCAAUUUCUUUAAAAAAAAAACACGCAUUGCAUUUACUUGACUUUGAAACAGAGCAAUAGUUUCAGCUACCUGGGAUACAUCGUCUGCAAACAAUAUGUAGCAAUCUUAAUGUCUUUUGCAAUAAAAAUCCAAGAACUUUCAAGGAAACUUAACUAAGCUUACUAUUAUAAUCAUUUCAUACUAAAACAUGAAUUAUAACUGUAAAUUUGUAAUGCUAUUUUGACUUUUAUUCCAGACAUAUGCUUUCAAAAGUGUUAAAUCUAGACAUUAGAUGAUACUUAGACACAUAUUUGUUAUAGUUAAAUUCUAUAAGAUUUUUUAUAUCAUAUUGUAACUUUACCCGUCAUUUUAUUAUUAAAAUGACCUUUUUUAAUUAAAUUGUAAUCUUUGUCAUUUCUUUUCCCCUGAAAUCAAAUAUAGCCAUCUGACCUUAUGGAGAUGUGUUCAUAAAUAAUCUUAUAGUAUAUAUAAGAAAAACGUUAUGUAACUAUUGUAAAUAUGACUGUAAAAGGAGUUAAAAUCAAUCUUUAAAAUAUAUGUUCUGUUCACCAAUGAUAUUAUUUCCGUAAACACCAAAAACCGAGACGUCACCCUAUUAAACAUCAGAACAAAGACGUCAUUAUAAAAUUAACCAAAGUUUUAUAUCACAAUAAAAUGUAUUUUGUUGAUGAUCAUUCAAUAAAAAGUUGUUGUGAUU